AUGUCACUAAUCUUUUUUUUAGAAUUUAGCAUUAACAUUGAAAUAAUUCAAGAAGUAACAUGGAGUAUAGUACAUAAAUAUUCAUCAAUUGUAAAUUUAAAUGGUUUAUUAGAUUCAACUAUUAUUAAUUUACUUGAUAAUGGUGAUGAUGGAGAAUUAUUUGAAUUAAUAUCACUUGGUAAAAAUUAUUAUAGAAUUCUAUAUUAUGAAGGUUAUUUUAUUUCAAGAUUAUUAAAAACUAAAUGGGAUAUAUCUUUUAACAAUUCUGGUACAAAUAUUACAAUUUCAACACCAUAUAAUAUAACAAAAUUUAAAAAUAGUGAAGAGAUUAAUGAAUUAGUUCAAUUUCCAAAAGAUGGAACUUGUAAAGUUUUAAAUAUUUUUGGAAGUGUUAUAAAAUUUAAAUCAACAUCAUCAUUACAAAGACCAGUUAAUCCAUUAGUUUUAAAUAACAACAUCUUAAUAUCAUCUUUACCAAGACCAAUAUCUGGAUCAAUUGGUAAUAUCACUUACAUUGAUUACCUUUCAGUUUUAUAUAGUUAUUUACAAUAUUAUACCCUUUAUAAACAAAAAGAUGAUUCAACAUUACAAACUAUUCAAAUUCCAACAAACUAUACAAGUAUUGAUUUUAAUUUCACAUAUGAUUCUCAAUGGUAUACCUAUUUUAGUGGAGGAGGAGGAGGUAAUAGAGAAUCUGAGAAUGAAUACAAAGUAUUUCCAUUUGGAUUUUCAAGUGGAAAUAAUUUAAACUACACUAUGAAAAUGUCUGUUCCAAAUCGUGGUUUUUCAAGUCAACAAUAUUUUAUUUUGCAAAUGACAGAUUAUGGUGGUAGUAAUGGUUUGGCAUUACAAGUUUCACAUUCAAAUUUAAUCAAUAAUAAUAAUAAUAAUAAUUUCAUACCAACUUUAAAUGAAUUUGAUACUAUUUAUUUAAAUAAUUUUAAUUAUUUAAUUAGAUUUACAAUAUCAGAUACAUAUGGUUUGAAUUUUAUUCAAGUCAAUAUUGAUAAUAAAAUAAUUAAAUUUUAUGUAGAGUCAUUGGUUUUUGGUGAUAUUAAAAAUGGUGUUUUCGAAAUAUUUUAUGAUGUCAUUAAAUAUGGUUCAACAAGUAAUUCAUAUUAUUUUUAUAAUCAUUUAGAUAAGUCAUCGUUAUUUAACCAAAAUCAACCUUUCUCUAUUGAAACUCCAAAUUUAAGAAUUAAUUUACCAACUAUAGAACAAAAUGUUAAUUAUUUAAAAGAUGUAAAAGAUAUUUCUUUUAUGUUUAAUGAUGUUGAUAUUACAGAUCAAAUAGUUGAUAAUAUAAUGUAUUUUAGUUUUAAUAAUAUAGAUAAUUAUAAGAAUUUACCAAUUCGUUUUACAUUAAUCGAUCCAAGAACAUUACAAGAUAGUGACUUCUAUAAUGGAAUUAACUUUGAAGUAUUUAAUACUUUAAAUUCAGUUUACAGCUUUGCAAUUUGGGAUGAAAUCAAUUCAAGAUUUUAUAUUAAAUUUAAAAUACCAGCAAAUACAUCACCAGGUGUUUUAGAUUGGAUGUUGGUAUUUAAUAAAGAGAAUCAUUUUCUUAAUACUCAAUUACCUGAUGAAUACCAAUUAAGAAUUGAUAAUACAAAAUUCGAUAGUUAUGGUCCAAUAGUUACAAUUAUAGUUAAAUAUCAAGAUCAUAGCUUGACAACAACACUAGGAUGGUUAUUUACAAUUGAAGAUGAAAUUAAUGGUUUCAAAGAUGGAUAUGUUACUAUUAGAGGUUCAGUAGAUAGUUCAUUAUAUAAUUAUACAUUGGAAUUAAGUGAUAUGGUAGUUGGUAGCGGUGAUAAAUGGAAAGGAGAUUAUAUAAUAAGUAUACCAUAUAUUUUAAACGAUUUUGUAUUUCAAAAUUACGAAAUUUAUUAUGCAGUUCUCAUUGAUUCAUUUGGUAAUAGAAAUAAAUAUUAUAAACGUCAAACAAAUUUUGAUUUAAAUCCACCAAAUUACAAGGACUCAAGUGCGAAUCCAUUUAUUAAUUAUCUUAAUGAUAUGUCAAUAUUACAAGUUUCAACAUUAAAUAUGUGUAAUCAAAUUGAUUCACCACUACCAGAGUUAAAAAGAUUUUGGGUAUCAAGAUCAUCUAUUGAUGUUGGGUCAUUAGAUAGAUUAAUAACGUUUGAUUUUGAUGCACAUGAUUUAGACGGUUUAAAAGAUGACCAAUAUCCAAUAGUUUAUAUAACAGAUAUGAAUUCAAGAAUUCAUGAAUGUAUAUCAACCAUUGUUACAAAGAAUAGAACAGAUAUUGAAUACACAUGCACAAUGGAAGUACCAAUUGGAUUUUCACACUGCAACCAACUAUUCUAUCAAAUACUUUUACUAUUUUCCCAAAAGUUUAUUAUUUUAAUUACUCGGUACCAACUCCAACUCCAACACCAACACCCACUCAAACUCAAACUUCAACUCCAACUUAAACACCAACACCAACUAAUAAACCUCAAAUUUGUUUAG